UUUCUCCAAGGACGUCGUUGUUGAGCUGUCAAGGAGAAAAACUACCAUGGCUUCCAGUUCUUUGACAAAACCUCAGAUGCGUGGCCUUCUGGCCAAGCGUCUGCGAUUUCGUAUUGUUGGAGCAUUCGUUGUCUCCUUGGGAGUUGCAGCUUUCUAUAAGUUUGCUGUGGCUGAACCGAGAAAGAAGGCAUAUGCAGAUUUCUACAGAAAUUAUGAUUCCAUAAAAGAUUUUGAGGAGAUGAGGAAGGCUGGUAUCUUUCAGAGUGCAAAGUGAUUUUGGAAUAUAAAGAAUUUCUUUGGGUUGAGUUCCAUGGAAGUUUGUCACUUACCUGUGUUCCUGAACUAUGAACUACUAAUAUCUGGGCUAAGGAAUAGUUUCUCAUGAUAAAUAAACGAUUAACAAAUAAAA